CACUUCUACGACGACGUUAUGACGCUAUAAGACAGUUGAUCCAGCAAUACUUAAACACUCGAUAUGAUCGCAGACCUAAUAAAGUCUUUUUUAUUUUUUUUUUUAAAACGUCUCAUUCUAUCCGUGCAUCGAUCACUCCCUGUGACGACACCACGCGGCGCACCGUCUGCGCUUUAACACGUGGAGAUGCCGCACAGCUGUGAGUGCGCGUCGUCUCGCAGAGCAGCGCGAGACCAGUGCGCUCUCUUGCCGGUUAAAGGGACGGAGGUCGUGGCGUGUGGCACGACCAUCACUCAUCUAAGUGUUACACACGGAGGAACAAAGAUUACAGGUUAAAUCGUCAUCCCAACCACUGUUGGAGUUCUCCUUGUGAGACCUGUUCUGGUCUGGUCUGUCUCAGAAGAUCUGCAAUUGCCUAUCAACGUGGGUUUCAGCCUCAUAUCCAGAGAGAAGAUGGACCAAAUUGUGACUGAGUGCGAGACCUCGGCCAUGCCGUCCACUGCGGUGAUGACCCCGCCCAUCGAUCUCAGCUGCCCGCAGACCUGCAGCUCUGACAAUGCUACGUCCCUGGAAGACAUUGCUGUGGACUCAAAUGAGUCAUCUGAAGAGGAACUGCCCUGCGAGAGGGAGGAACACGGUGGGGCGCGAGCCAUCCAUGACAUCCAGGUCCUUACCAGAACACAAGACACAGAAACACAAUCAGGGACAACACAGCGCCCCAUCUCUCUGGCCCUGGCUAUGUCUGAACUGCAGUUCUGGACGUCACAAGGCGACUGCGAAGUGAAGCUCAGGUUGUCAGAAUUGGGCCCUGCAGCCGAGCCCCCUGUAACAGUGCACCAGAUGUUCAAGAGAACAGUGGAGCAGUUUGGGAAGCACACAGCACUGGGUUGGAAGGAGGGCGAGCAGUGGAAGACUGCGACCUAUGAGGAGUACUACCAACAGUGCCGGGCAGCAGCUAAGAGCUUCCUCAAGCUGGGUCUGGAGCGGUACCAUGGUGUAGGCAUCCUAGGCUUCAACUCCCCGGAAUGGUUCAUCACCGACAUUGCUGCCAUUCUGGCUGGCGGUUUUGCAGUGGGCAUCUACACCACCAACUCCCCUGAGGCAUGCCAGUAUGUAGCAGAGAACUGCCAUGCCAACAUCCUGGUGGUGGAGAACCACAAGCAGCUGCAGAAGAUCCUACAGGUUGAGGACAAGCUGCCGCAUUUGAAAGCCAUAAUUCAAUACAAAGAUGUUCUCAAGGAAAAGAGGCCAAAUCUCUACACGUGGGCCGAGUUCAUGGCCAUGGGCUCUGAUGUGCCAGACACCCAGCUGGACAGCAUCAUUGCCAGCCAGAGGCCCAACCAGUGCUGCACCCUGAUCUAUACCUCAGGCACCACAGGCCAGCCCAAGGGUGUCAUGCUGAGUCAUGACAACCUCACAUGGACGGCCUAUGCCACGGGUCUCCAUGUGCGCCUAACUGAUGCCAAUGUGGCCCAGGAGUCUGUAGUGAGCUACCUUCCACUCAGCCACAUCGCUGCACAAAUGGUGGACAUCUGGCUCACCAUGAGGGUGGGAGGCGCCACCUACUUUGCUCAGCCGGAUGCCCUCAAGGGCACCCUGAUCAACACUUUGCGGGAGGUGCGGCCCACAGCCUUCAUGGGUGUGCCCCGUGUGUGGGAGAAGAUGCAAGAGAAGCUCAAGUCAGCCGGGGCCAAGUCGUCCACCGUGCGCAGGAAGGUCGCCACCUGGGCCAAAGGAGUGGGGCUGCAGACCAACCUUAGCAAAAUGAAGGGCGGUUCCACUGCACCAGCAUCCCUGAACUACCGGCUGGCCAAGAAGCUGGUGUUCCGCAAGGUGCGAAAAGCUCUGGGCCUGGACCGCUGCACCAAGUGCUACACGGGAGCUGCACCCAUCGCUAAGGAGACGUUGGAGUUCUUCCUCAGCCUGGACAUGCCCGUGUAUGAGCUGUAUGGCAUGAGCGAGAGUACGGGCCCUCAUACAAUCUCCCUGCCUGACGCCUUCUACCUCACCAGUUGUGGGAAGGUGAUAUCCGGGUGUGAAACUAAGAUCUUCAGCCCAGACGAGGAAGGCAUUGGCGAGGUCUGCUUUUGGGGGCGCCAUGUCUUCAUGGGCUACCUCAACAUGCCUGAUAAGACAGAGGAAGCAUUGGAUGCUGAGGGCUGGCUGCACUCCGGAGAUUUGGGCAAACAGAACACCGACGGCUUCCUCUUCAUCACCGGCCGUAUCAAAGAGCUGAUCAUCACAGCGGGCGGAGAAAACAUCCCCCCUGUACCCAUUGAAGAUGCGGUGAAGGAGGCUGUACCCCUGAUCAGCAAUGCCAUGCUCAUUGGGGACAAGAGGAAGUUCCUCAGUAUGCUGCUUACAAUCAAGUGCCAGGUGAACGCAGACACGGGUGAACCCGAGGAUGAGCUGACAGAGGAGGCAGUGGAGCAGUGCCGCAAACUGGGCAGCACAGCCACACGGGUGUCUCAGAUCGCCAGAGGGCGGGACAAUGUCAUUGACACUGCCAUCCAAGAGGGCAUCAAACGCGUCAAUGAUAAAGCAGUCUCCAAUGCACAGCGUAUCCAGAAGUGGAUUGUAUUGGAACGGGACUUCUCCAUCCCUGGGGGCGAGCUGGGUCCAACAAUGAAGCUGAAGAGGCCUGUGGUCCUGAAAAUGUAUAAGGAGCAAAUUGACAACAUCUACAAAGAGAUGGUGACCCCCAGCACCCCUGAAAACCCCCUGCCCCCCAAGCAGUAGUUGGGGGGGGGGGCGGGGGCGGGGGCUCAUCCAAGCUGGAGCCUGGAAAUGGAGGCAGACACACAAACUUCAGCCCUGUGGAGGUUUUGCUUUGUCUAACCAAGACUUCUGUAACUAUGAUUUUGCUUGGUUUUGUUUGGGUGGGUGUUAAAAUUUGUUUUUUAAGCUAUUUAUGAGAUGUAUAUUAUAUGACUACUGUGAAAGUACAAUAAUAUUGUAGUUGCAGACUAAACUGCAGAAAAAGCCAAAAUGAAGUUUAAAGCAGUCUUCAGAGAACAUUCCUCUUGGACCUUUGAUGUUCAGGGUUCUGUGUACUAUUUUGUUUUCUAAAAUAUUCUUUUGUAAUUUAGCCAAAGUUAAAAUCUCUACAGGGCCAGAGCAUUACUCAUCUUGGGAUGAAUAGUUUACUUCUCUUUAAUUGACUUGAAUGGAAGUGUAGUACACAGAUUCAGGUUGGCUGUACGCAGCUUUUUUUCCUUUCUCCCCCCCCAUUGGUGUCUUGUUUAGGCCCGAUUUCAGGGUUAAGGGGAAACCCUUAUGGGUGGGAAGACACCAAACCAAAUCACCCUUUCUGUUUUUAUGCAGUUUGUCUUUUUUUUUUUCUUAAUGAAUGCAUAUACAACUGUUUUGUAGGGUCCCGUGCACCUAGAGUGUCAUAUACUCCUUGACCAACAAGGCCAAAGAGCUGUAGAAACAGUCCGUUAAGCCAUGGUGCAGCUUUGUCUUCAUUAUCUACAGGACCUACAUUAAACCUGCAGCUUUCCAUCCUUAGUGUUUCUCACAAGAAACAGAUCAUUGCAGUGUAGUCAAAAGCAUCAAUCCCACCCUUUUAAGCCAUAACCAUUCUUGUGUAUUGCAGGAAGGGCUUGUAAUUGCCUUUGUGAAUAUUUUCAAAGGGUGUGAAAUUGCAGUGAAGCUUUAUUUAAAUGUUAAUAUUUGCAUUCAGGUUUCUUCUGUUUGAGUUGCAUAUUGCACCAUCUGUUCAUGUGUUGAUGAUCAUUAUCGCAAACUUUUGUAACACAGCUGCUUUGUAAAUACUUUCCCAUGUCAAAGUCCUGUUCCAUGCUCAUUCCAAUGCUGCCUGCAAAGGUGAAGGAAUUUACCUGAAUUCUGCUUCAGUGAGUUUUUAGUGGAUGUACUUGAAGCAUGAAUGAAGGUGCUUGCAGUAUUAAGGUUCAUAAUGUUGAGGCAUUAAAAAAAAAAAAAAGUUACUUUUCAUUCCCCCAGAUCUAGGAUAAAACCCCUUUGUGUGUCACUGAGAAUGGACAACUUAAAUUUAAAACCCUUAUCUGGUCAGACCAACAUGCUGCAGUUGUUCAUUGGAGUAUGUUCUGUCUUUUGGAGCAUAGUUUAUAUUAAGAAGGAAUUGCAAUGUUACUUUAUGGGGGCAGGUGAUAGCAUGAAUCAAAAAAGUUGCUGGUUCAGAUCUCACCUACUGCUGUAGUAUUGUUGAGAAGAGGUACUUAAAAUAUAAUGGAAAUGGACUAAAAAUAGUCACUGCAGACAUUAAAACACCUGUAGCUUCUUUAGACACUAUGUACUAAAUGCAUAUCUAAUUUGUGGCCAAAACACUCAACAGGUCAAAGUGUAGAGUAGUUAACCAGAGGCUAGGCAGAAGGGUGGGUUACUUGAGGACAUACUGUUUCACUUGCAGACAGACAGCACCCCUCUUGAGGUGGGUAAAUCAUGGUAUGAAGCCAGAAGUGAAGUUUCUAGAUACACUACAAAAAUACAACCCCAAAACCACUUAAGCACUGAACAGUACUCAAUGACUUUAUUAAUAUGAUUUUAAAAUAAAAUUAAAAACUUGCAUCAUAUGGCCACACGGUGGCAUUGUAUGCCAAGUUACUAUACCAAAUGACAAUUUGUGUUUGCUUUUACCAUCAAUUCAGGGUGACAUUGCUCAAAUGAAUGUCACAUUUCAUGCCCCCGAUAGCCCGGUCAACCAUUAACCACUGCGACCACUGACACAGGAAACGCUUCCCUGCACUGCAGUCAUCUCAAAAACAGAAUCUGAAGGAAUACACUUCAAAAGUAACCGUUUUAUCAAAUAAACCAAAGUCCCAGAUUUGUACUUCACAUGUAUAUAUAAGGUAUUUUACAACUGAAAUCAGACUUGGUUUCUUUCCUUACACAGAAGGGCUGGCAACUGCCACACUGAGAACCAAAACCACCGGCUCUUGACUUCUCAUCUUCCAAUGAACUGAAAUACCAGGAGAAAUUAUCUGCCAUUGUAAAAAUGGCAUUAAUAAUGAAAUGAACUUACCGCUUUGCUGACAUGUUUAUCCAAAGGAAUAUACAAUUAUACCAGUUUAUGCAAGCAAUUACACAAUAUUCUACAAGAGCAAUUAAUGUGAAGCACAUUUCUUGUGGGUACAACAAGCAGGGCCUGACCUGGAACCUGAACCAGCACAAAUCCUUCAUUUCACUUUGGCUGUUCUCUUGUACACUACCCGUACAGUGCGCAGAACUUGUAUUUUCUCUUCUCAAAUUCAUCCAUUUAGAGCAGAAGUAAAAUCAAAAACCAGUGGCUUCGAUUUCAUUUCAGAACUGGCACUGCCUCCACACUUUUUCCCUUAGUGAUCUGGGAUCAGAAGUGGCACAAGAAUCAUGUGGAACACUUUAGUUAAAGGGCAGUGGAACUUGUGCUGAGGCUUUGUUGCCAUAUCAAAGAAUACAGAAUUUAAAAAAAAAAAAAAAAAAAAAAAAAA